AUGAAAUUAGCACAGGAUGAUAGACAGGGUAAACGAGAUAGCAAGCCACGUUUUUCCUCUAGGUCUCUAGUUACAUCUACUUCUACUAUUUCAUGUUACCAUUGCAAGAAAGAUCAUUCUAUUUAUGUCUGCGAAGAUUUUCUUAAACUUUCUGUCAAAAAACGCAUCGACUUUGUUAAUAGGGCCAAGUUGUGUCAGAACUGCUUACGCCAGCAUCCACCUAAAAGAUGUAGAGGGGGCACUUGUAGGAAAUGUCAGUUGUGGCACAAUACUUUAUUGCAUGAAGAUAAAGGUGAGUCUGUAUCGCAGGGGCAAAAUGCUGAUAAUAGUAGCUAUGAAACACCUCAAGUCGAGCCAGUUUUAACUAGUACUGUGUCCAAAUCAAGUAAGCGUGUUACAUUGUUAUCAACAGCUCGUGUUCAAGUUCUGGAUAAGUUUGGCAUUCCUCACACUGUGCGUGCUUUGCUAGAUUCUGGAUCCAUGUCUUCCUUUAUCACUAAAAACUUGUGUGAUACUUUAGGACUGGACACAUUCGAUGCAAAUUUAAAUAUAUUUGGCAUAUCAAAUUCACUUACCAAGGUGCGCAAUAAAUGUCAAAUUGACUUGAGCUCGUUAUAUACCAAUUUUAAAACUAAGCUUAUGUGUUUUAUUCUUCCUGAAAUAACAAAUGUCACCCCAGGUUUUGAGAUUAAUCUAGAAUCCUUAAAUAUACCACACAAUCUACAUCUUGCCGAUGAAACUUUUAACAGGCCAGGAGCAGUCGAACUUUUGAUUGGCUGUGAUCUUUUCUGGAGUUUGUUGAAAACAGGUAGGUUGUCAGGUGGUAAAUAUAGCCCUACAAUUCAAGAAACUGAACUUGGAUGGAUUGUAGCAGGACCAAUGGGAGAAAUUGAAACAAGAGAGCAGGAAAAAGAUGUUUGUUGCAACUUAAGCACUAACCAAGAAUUGCAUGAUUUAGUUUCAAAGUUCUGGGAAGUCGAGGAGGUAAAUCAAGUCAAGCCAUUAUCCAACGAGGAAACCGAGUGUGAGAAAAUUUUUAUAGAGACUACAACUAGGAACCAUGAAGGUAGGUUUAUAGUCAAUCUUGCCAUGUUUUAUAAUCUCGAGAAAAGAUUGCUGAAAAACGAGUCGUUAAGAGUACAAUAUAUCAAGUUUAUGCAAGAGUAUCUAUCUUUAAAUCACAUGACCAUUGCUGAUUCUAGUUAUGUGCCUGGUGGGGUACAAUAUUUCAUGCCUCAUCAUGGAGUUCUACGACAAGAUAGUUUGACAACAAAACUUCGCGUUGUGUUCAAUGCCAGUUCACCCUCUAGCAACGGAAUAUCUCUUAAUAAUAUUCAAUUUAUAGGUCCAGUUUUACAAGACGACCUUUUGUCAAUGUUAUUGAGAUUCCGCGAAAAGCGUUACGUCAUUUCUGCUGACUGCAAAAUGAUGUACAGACAAGUGCUGAUAAAUCCCGAGCAAAGAAAGCUUCAGCAAAUACUAUGGCGAGAAAACCCUACGGAACAACUUAAGACAUACAUGCUAAAUACAGUAACCUAUGGACAAGCAAGUGCAAGUUAUUUAGCUAUUCGUUGCUUAUUCCAGUUAGCCAACGAAUGUGCUGACUCCCUUCCUAAGGUUGCUAAUGUCAUUAGGCGAUCAUUUUACGUUGAUGAUCUUCUUUUCAGCUCAGAGUCCAUUGAGCAUGCGCGCUAUAUUUGUCGAGAAAUAACACGUAUUUUAAGAAGUGGCUGUUUCGAGCUGCGCAAGUGGUAUUCCAAUGAUCCAAGGGUGCUCGAUGGAAUUGAAACUGAGGACAAGUCAUGCGGCAUUUUGACAUUUGGCCCACAUGAGACUACGAAAACUCUAGGUUUAACUUGGUCCUGCUAUAAUGACCAGUUGGCAUUUUGUAUUGAUAUAAACAAUUAUAAAACUGAUACGAAAAGAUCAGUAUUGUCCCUUACAGCUCGCAUUUUCGAUCCGUUAGGAAUGCUAAGUCCCUGUACCAUUCUUGCUAAGAUCUUCAUGCAAAAAUUGUGGUCUAAGAAGCUGCCUUGGGAUGAAACUCUUCCAGUAGAUCUAUCCGGCCAGUGGGCGAAAUUCAAGAACGAGUUACCUUUUUUAAAUCAAUUAACCAUUGAACGACAUGUAGUGUGCCAGGAGCCUCAGUUAAUCGAGUUACAUGGCUUUGCUGACGCCUCUGAGCGAGCCUAUGGAGCAUGUCUAUAUGUACGUAGCAUAGAUAAAAAUAACCAAGUUUUUGUAAAUCUUUUAUGCUCAAAAUCCAAGGUUGCACCUAUCAAGACUCUUACCAUUCCUAGAUUGGAAUUAUGUGCGGCAUUAUUGCUUGCUCGUCUAGUAAAAAAGGUCACGACGUCUUUAACCAUAAAAAUCGAUAAAUUUGUUUAUUGGUCCGAUUCUUCAAUAGUUUUAGCCUGGAUCAAAACUAGUGCAAAUCUUUUAAAGACAUUUGUAGGCACUCGUAUAGCGAUAAUUCAAAAUCUCACCAAUGAUCAAGACUGGAGACAUGUGCCCACUCAAGAAAAUCCUGCCGAUCACUUAUCCAGAGGAUUAUAUGACAAUCAAAUUCUAGAAAUGGAUAUGUGGUGGUAUGGACCCAAGUUUCUAAAGGCACCUCCUGCUGAAUGGCCUACAUCUUUAUCGAAAUUGGAUACCGUUCCGGAGUUGAAACCAUUUUCAACCACAGUUCUGCCAACAAUUAAAAUUGAAGAAUUUCCUUUCGAGCGAUUUUCACAAUUUUCUCGUUUGAUUCACGUUACAGCUUACAUUUUGCGAUUUAAAAAUAAUUGUUUAAAACCAAUUUCUGAUAGAAUUCAGGGUCCGCUUCUUAUUCAAGAAAUAAACCUAGCAAAGAAAUAUUUAAUUAAAGUAGCGCAAAGACAGUCAUUUCCAUACGAAUUUUCAUGUCUUAUUGAAAAGCGUUCUAUCGAUAGCAAGAGUAAAAUUCUCAAUUUAACACCAUUUCUAGAUUCAGAUAAAAUUAUUCGGGUUGGGGGUCGAUUAGAAUUUUCUAAUUUUUUACCAGAUAAAAAACAUCCAAUACUUUUACACUCCAGUCAUCCGUUUACUAAGUUAUUUUUUGCUUAUCAACACCUUAAGUUACUUCACGUUGGACCUCAAGCUUUGUUGUCAUCAAUAAGAGACGAAUUUUGGCCAAUUUCGGGACGUAACCUAGCUAGAAGUACUGUUAAACGUUGUAUUAGAUGUUUUAGAGUCAAACCUGAUUUUGUUCAACCAAUUAUGGCUAAUUUACCGCGCGAUCGCACUGUUCCUUCGCCACCCUUUCAUGUAACUGGACUUGACUAUGCUAGUCCGUUUUUGGUGAGAUCAGGAUUUGGAAGGUCUCGAUCUUGCAAGUUAGAGAAGUGUUACAUCUCAGUUUUCGUGUGCUUUACUACAAAGGCAUUGCACCUCGAAUUGGUUUCUAGUUUAACUUCCAGUUCUUUUAUUUUGGCCCUUAGGCGUUUUAUUUCGCGAAGAGGAAAGCCCUCUAAAAUAGUAAGUGACAACGGCACAACCUUUGUGGGAGCACACCGCGAACUUAAGGAUUUUCUAAAAUCGCACCAACAUGAAUUGAAGGGUACCGCUGUGAGUGAAGGAAUAGACUGGCAAUUUAUCUGUCCAUACUCACCGCACAUGGGGGGUUUAUGGGAGAGUGGGGUUAAGAGCGUUAAACAUCAUUUGAAACGUGUCCUUGCAAAUGCUCAUCUUACCUUUGAAGAGUUUUCUACUACAUUGUCACAAAUCGAGGCCAUCUUAAACUCUCGCCCUCUUUGUCCCCUCUCAUCUGAACCUAACGACCUAGUCCCGUUAACCCCUGCUCAUUUCCUCAUCGGAAGACCUUUGACUGCCGCUCCUGACGAGAACCUUGACGACGUUAAGCUAAAUCGACUGUCCAGAUUUCAAUUGGUGCAGAGGAUCUGCCAGCAUUUCUGGCGACGUUGGCAACAGGACUACUUAUCCGAGUUACAACAAAGGCAGAAGUAG